GACGAGAGGCGGGGACUAGGGGAGAGCACUCUCAUUUCGCCGGCCGCUGUGUUUGAAAUGGCGGUUGGCUGUCGGUUGUAGAUGUCGAUACCUUUACACGGCAUGAACGGCAGUAACAAUGGUACGACCAUCAGAAGUAAGCCAAAGAAAAAAGCAGAGUACACCAAAAAGAAGAGGCAGAGAUUCAGAAAGCCAGCCACAAUCACAACAAAGUGGCUCAGGCAGAGCUGGCCAAAGACGUACUUCUGAUGAAAGUGGGCCACAAAGUCCCAGAAGGAGACGGUAUCGUCCAGGAACCAAAGCACUGAAAGAAAUAAGGCAUUUCCAGUCGACCACAUCUCUCUUAAUUCGAAAGCUGCCAUUUUCCCGCUUGGUCAGAGAGGUUGCAAUGAAACUAUACCCAAACCGAGAGCGACUUUACUGGAGUGCCACGGCCAUCAUGGCCUUGCAAGAGGCCGCUGAGGCAUUUUUGGUGAGGAUGUUUGAAGACACAAACUUGUGUGCGAUCCAUGCAAGGCGUGUUACCAUCAUGGUAAAAGACAUUUGGUUGGCCAGACGUAUAGGUGGCUAUGACUUCAGCUGAUUAUGUGCUAAAGACAUUUGGUUGGCCAUAUGUAUAUCUGGCUAUGAUUUGACUUAAUUAAGUGCUAAAGCCUGGAAGAAAGGAAAAGUGGCUGAGAAAAACUUGCUGUGAAUGAAGAUAAGUGGGAACCAAGAAGUUGUACUUGAUGGACUAACAGUCAUUGUACUUGAUCCAGUUACAUUCUUUUGGCAUAGCAAUUAUGAAUUUUUUAAAACUUAGGUUCUCAUUUUUCGCAUGACAGUUUCAAGGGAAAUAACUCGUGGAUUCUGAAAGAUCUACUCUGCUCCACGAACAUUUUUACAAGUAUGUUGUGAUGACAAGCUUCAGGUGUCAUGUCACUAAUCAAGGCAGCUUAAGGUCUUGUGAGCAUGGGUGAACUCCACCUGUUCACAUAAAUGUAGUCAGUACGUAUGUUGAAUUUGUUCUGUCUUUACCCACAUCUUUACUUUUUUGUAGUCAUGCACAUCUGUGUGUGUGCGCGCGCGCGAGAGAGAGAAAGAGAGAGAUGGGGGUUGUGGAGAGAGCUGUAUGAGAACGCUAUUUCAUGAAAUCAUUUUUAUAUAGGUGUUUAGGUGUUUAAACCCUUUAAAAGAGAUGAUUUUAAAGUUCAAGCAAAUUUUGAUGGAGUACCAUGUUAGCAUUUCUGAAAGUUAACAGAGAUAUUACGAUUAUAAAAACAAGCUGAUGUGCAUGCAGUGUGAGGAUGCUUUUAGUGUAAAUGUCUCAAAAUGGAAGAGGUCUGUGACAUGAUCUAUGCUGUUUGUGGCAAAGAAAUUAAAUUUGUGAGAGAUUUU